GGGCGGUGUUGCUUUGUAAACCCGGUCUUGUCCCACUCCAGAUCCCUUCUCUCUUUGGUUUCUGCACCAACACGACUCUGACUCUCAACAAUUAAUUAUCUGCUUUUAUUGCGACGACAAGUCAGUACAGAUGAUUGCGAACGAGCCGACCGUGAUUGCGCAUGGCGACUCAAUCGAAAUGUGAUAUGGCAUCGUCGCAAUCCGCACCGCGACGCCCAGGUUUCGGUGGCAAACAGCGACGAGACGACGACGACAGCAUUUCUCGCGGUCGCGUAUGCCGCAUUCAUCCUGCACCACAUUCUGAUGGCAUCCAUACAUGCGUUACUCACCUCAAAUUACGCGACGACCUCGUCGCUGUGGUUGCUUCGAUGAAAUGGAUGUGUUGUGAAGGUGACGACGGUGGUGGUGAAGGUGACGUAGUUGCGAGGAAGGCGCCCGAAAGAAUUUGGGUGCAAAAAUUGGAUUGGGACUUGGGGGCAAGCCAAUUCCCGCUCAGUCACGUUUGCUUUGCCUCCCUGGGGCAAGGAAAAAUGGGAAUCCUCGCAAGUCGUGACCGACGCUUCCCUAUCCUCGUUGCGAGUUGUUCCCGUCGCUUCACUCAGACGGGCAGCAGAGUAGAUGUUCUGCGUGAGGCCAGAGAGCAGUAGUAUACACAGACGCGAGCACGCACAAACACACACGAGCGCGCGACGCGGUGCAGUCCAGUCCAGGUAUUGCGGUAUCGUGUGUCGAAAAGCCGGAGUGACGUCGUGGGAAAAGUCGAGGUGAAGGCGGACAUACGUCAGGGCGAGGAGGUUACGUAUAAAAGGCCAGGAGCGAACAGCAUUUCCCUUGUGUGUGGGACUUACGGGGUGGGGAUGUAUGGCUUGUGGGAAAGGGUGUGUGUAUGUGUGUGUGUGUGAGGAGGGUCGACUGGAAUGGGGUUAGCGCCGUUGCGGAAACACCUGGAGGCGUGGAAGCCAAACGGUCUGCUUUUCGCUGGCCGAACACACCAUAUAACAAACUGGACGAACAG